AUGCGAUUUUUCGCAGCUCGUUCGUUUCAAAUAGCUUCUAUUGCCGGAUUCUCUUGGGGAGGAAGCUCAACAAAACUUGAUGAAAAGCCAAGAACAUGUCCGAUUCAAAUUUCAAUUCCAGAAAAAGCCAAUAAUGAUGUGUUAUUAAGCAGAAAGAUUGUCAAUCAUUUGGAUAGAAGUAAUCUGAAAUUGCGGCUCUACCAAUAUGAAACCUGUCCAUUUUGUUGUAAAGUGCGCGCCUUUCUUGAUUACUACGGAUUCAGCUAUGAGGUUGUCGAAGUCAAUCCAGUGACGCGAUCCCAAAUCAAAUUCAGCACCGCUUAUAAAAAAGUGCCGAUUUUGCGAAGCGGUGAAAAUACGACAUUGACCGAAUCAUCGUUGAUCAUUUCGGAACUAGCGACAUAUCUGACAAGACCCGAUCAAACUCUGGAAAGUAUUGAGAAAAUGUACCCAGCAGUUGACUCAGUGAACGAAAAAGGGAAACCAUGUUUGACUUAUCCUAACAAAUUCUUUGUGAUGAAAGGAGAAGUUGGUUCUGAGAAGGAUAUGGCAUUGGCAAGAGAAGAACGAGAAUGGCGCGAAUGGGUUGAUAAUUGGUUUAUUCAUUUAAUUUCGCCGAACGUCUAUCGCACCUGGGAAGAAUCGCUUGAGACGUUCAAAUGGUUCGAGAAGGUCGGUGAAUGGCAUCGAACUUUCCCCGAUUGGGAGCGUGUUCUGGCUGUCUAUAUUGGAGCGGCGGCGAUGUUUUUGCUUUCGAAAACACUCAAAAAGAAGCACAAUAUCGUUGAUGAGCGUGAGGAGUUGAGAAAAGCAUGUCGGGAAUGGAUGGAGGCGAUCGGACCGAGUCGGCAAUUUUUGGGAGGUGAUAGGCCGAAUUUGGCGGAUUUGUCCCUCUAUGGCGCAAUGAAUUCGUUUUAUGGUUGUGCAGCUUUCAAAGAAGUGAUCCUCAACGAGAAAAUCGCCGACUGGAUGAUGAAUGUUGAAGUGGACGUUGAGAGCCAACCCGAUGUCGAUCUUCCGAUUCCGUCUCCUCAGCUUCCCGACAUCGUUGAGCCACGAGAAGAGCCAGAAGUGAAAGAAGAUUCUGUUGAGCCAGAAGAUUCUGAAGAAGCAGAAGAUUCCGAAGAUGCGGAAGAUUCUGUACAAUUAGGAGAAGCUGAAGUGCAAGUGGCUCCGCGAAACUCUGCGCCGAAUGACGAUGAUGGCACUGGAAGCGACACCACUACUUAUGGAUCGGAGCACUGGCAGACAGUUAAUCGCGUAGAUCGUGGUCUGCUCUUAAAAAUGGAGCAACUUCUGACGGAUGGUCAUUCGACGGCCGACAUUAUCCACAAAUUGUUCCCCGAAUUCAACGUGGAUCUGGACAGAUUCAGUGAAAAUGUUCUAAUGGGUCUUCUUAUGGACUUGAUGGAGUCGGCGCCGGUGCGCGAGAAGCUGCCGCAGUACAACACGUUCGAGGACGCCAUCGAACUGUUCCGAACCAAGAAGAACAUUUUGAUGCUCACUGGAGCCGGUGUUUCGGUCUCGUGUGGAAUUCCCGAUUUUCGCAGCAAAGAUGGAAUUUACGCGCGAUUGCACGUCGAUUUUCCGGAUUUGCCGAAUCCGACGGCAAUGUUCGACAUUCGCUAUUUUCGCUCGAACCCGAAACCGUUCUACAAUUUCGCCAAAGAGAUCUUCCCCGGUCAAUUCAAUCCGUCGAUCGCUCAUCGCUUCAUUAAAGUUCUCGAGGACGACGAAAAGCUUUUGCGGAACUACACCCAAAAUAUUGACACUUUGGAGAGGCAGACGGGAAUCACACGGGUCGUCGAAUGUCAUGGAUCGUUCUCGAAGGCGACGUGCCUCAAUUGUGGAGCCAAAUAUGAUGGUGAAAUAAUUCGCGAGGAUGUCAUGGCACAGAGAGUGGCCAAGUGCCGAGUCUGUGACGAUGGCGUCAUCAAGCCGAAUAUCGUGUUUUUCGGAGAGGAUUUGGCUCAAGAUUUUCAUCGUCAAAUUUCGGAAGAUAAGAAUAAUGUCGAUCUGGUUGUCGUUAUCGGCUCAUCGCUCAACGUGCGUCCGGUUUCGUUGAUUCCGUUCAGUGUCGACGAGAAUGUGCCGCAGAUUCUCAUCAAUCGCGAGCCACUUCGCAACUAUCGUGCUGAUAUCGAACUUCUCGGCAAUUGCGAUGACAUUUUGCGCGAGAUUUGCCUUGCACUUGGCGGAAGAUAUGAGCGAAUGAUUCGAGAGUACGACGAGGCACUGCCGGUGAGGCCGAUUCAGACGCCGCGCACGUUCCUCACGUCUGAGCAACUUCAAGAGAAAAUCAAUGAGCACUGCGACGCGAUUCAGAAGAAGGAUGCUCAAGAGGAGGCGGCUGAGGAGAAUGAGGAGCCGCCGAUGAAGAGGCCAAAGCCCGAUGAGCCAUCGACGUCAAUGGUGGGCAUGUUCGCAUCGAAGUUCGAGAAUGUCACUGCCGUAUUGCCGCCGCAUUCAUACGCGCAUGUUUCUGAGAAUCAGACGGUGUUUCCCGGCGCUGAGCUGAGUUUCGAUGUCGACUCGCGAAUGAUUGUGAAGAUUAGUCGGCGAGUCGGCGGCGAUUCGGAGUCGAUCUCGUUCGAUAGCGAUUUUUCGGACGACGCGCCGGAGCGAUGCAGAUCGGCCGGUUGCGUUGAUACGAACCAUUCGGAAGUCAUCAAUGACAAUGGGGAAUCUUGUCCGCCGUUUUUGGAAUACGAGGAAUCGGGACCCAUAACCGCCACCGGCUUCAGGGAAUACGCAGUCAAGUAUUUGGGAACAAAAUAG